UGCCUGCAUAACAAAAUGAAGUUCGAAGUAGAUGAUCAAGAUGACCGUUUAAACCUGAAAAAUAGGACUAAGAACCGUCCACAUAUUAACUAUGAGGUCCCGGAUCCGGAGGACCGCCAGGAGAAGCCGUGGCAGCGGGUUAAUAAUACUGCAUUCAUUAAUACGGUCCCCAGUUAUUUCAUCAUCCUCGUGCUGGGUUAUUAUCUUCUGUUGGCAUACUCGACGCAGCUGGUGGAGGAUGACAUGCCUCGGCCCGUGAUGGAUGCUGACCUCAAUAAAGAUAACAGAAUAGCCUUCAGCGAAGAGACGGCUCUGCAGUACCUGUACACGAUCAUGGGGGAUAAGCCCCGCGUGGCCGGCACCGAGUACCACCUGCAGCAGACCGAGGUGGUGCGCGACUUGUUGCUCAACGUCACCAGGGACGCCAUGCUCCCUGUCACGGUAGUGUGGCAGACGGGUAGUGGUGCCUUCAGAUUAGACCACGAGAUACCUUAUUUGGGGUGGUACUACAACGCGUCCAACAUCGCCGCGUUGCUGGAGGGCGAGAGUGGGGUGCGAGCGAACGGCGAGCUCGGCACUACCCUGCUGCUCAACUGCCAUUACGACUCUGUGCCUUUUGCCCUAGGGGCAUCCGACAACGUAGCUUUCUGCGCAAUAAUGGCAGAGAUUCUACACCGGCUAGCGCAGAGAACCACCAAGUUUAAACACAACCUCAUCUUCCUAUUCAACGGUGCCGAGGAGAAUGCUCUCCAGGGCGCGCACGCGUUUCUGCAGCACCCGUGGGCGCGGAACAUCACCGCCGUCGUCAACCUGGACGCGUGCGGCAUGAACGGGAAAGCAAACGUCUUCCAAACAUUGGACCCACGGCUUGUCCGCGCCUACGCCAAGUCCACGAACCGUCCGUCGGCUCACUCGUUCGGAGAGUUCCUGUUCGGGUCCGGGCUCGUGCCUUCCGACACCGACUUCAGGAUAUGGCGGGACUACGGACAGUUCUACGGCAUCGACAUCGCGUUCACGAAAUGGGGCAACGUGUACCACACGCGCAACGACAACCCCUCCAACCUGCAGCCCGGCGUGCUGCAGGCGGCCGGGGACAUGCUCCUCAACCUCGUCACCAACAUGGCCGACAUGCCUGAACUUGCCGAAAAGGCGGAGCCGACCGCGAUGGUGUACUACGACUACCUGAACAGCUUCAUGAUCGCGUACCCGCUGUGGGCGGCGUACUUAGUGGACGCGCUGUUCGCGGUCGUGGCGCUCAUGAGUGUGGGCUACUUUGUGUUCGUGGUCGGCGUGCGCAAGUCGACGUUCCGCGGUCUAGGCUGGGCGGUGCUGGGCCGCUUGCUGUGCACGCUGGCCGCGUUCGGCGUGGCGCUCGUGUUCGUGCUCGUCAUGAGCGCCUCCACCACGCAACUCAGAUAUCUUUCUCAUCAGUGGAUAACCAUACCGAUAUACUGGAUACCCUAUGUCGUUGUUGCCAUGAUAACAUCCCAACUCUAUGAUGCUUGGAGUAGCAAAAAGUCAGGACUUAACCGGUCGUUCCGCGCGCUUCAAGCUUCAGCGGCGACACGUUUCAUUCUCGCCGUGAUACUCCUCAUUAUGACAUGCAUCCCCUCGCUGACGACCGUGCGCUACGCGUUCGCGGUGCCGCUGUUUCUCAUGUCUGUGUUCUCCUUGAUCCCUCUCAUGCUGGCGCGGUAUCUACGAGUACCGGCAUGGCAGCAGCUGUUCGUGGAAAUGUUGGUGUCCAUUCCGGUGCUGAUGUUCUUGUUCGCGAUGUGCCUGCGUAUGAACUCGCUGAUGCUGCCCGUGAUGGGCCGCAGCGCCAGCAAAACCCCUGACUUUUUCGUGGGGCUGCUGAAUCUUGGGCUGGCAGCAUUCGUCACCAGCGCUGUGUCGGGCAUCGAGCUCCUGUUUUCCCGGAAGCGGCUGUGGUUGCCUACGGCCCUGGCGGGUCUAGCGGCGCUCGUCAUCAUGUUCCUGCCCUUGGAGCCCUACGACGCCGCGGGCACCGGGCUGCAGCGGCACUACUGGUUUCACACAGAAAUAAUAAAUCACACGGUGACUCCCCCGACCAGCGUCUCUGGUGUAACGGUGACGAAGAUUGAUGCCUACACCAGCGACCGGAUGCGGAGGGCACUGGCGGACUCCGGCCUCAACUACACAGUGAAAGCCGACUUAGCGGAGGACUGCGCGCAAUACAUUUUCUGCAAUUUGCCGAUGUACAGGACAAGGUUGCCCAAUUCCUACGCGGGGGCGCUGUUCGUGGAGAUGGCGCCGCCGACGGCGUUCGCCGCGAUGCCCAGCUUACGGCUCGCCAGCAGGCUGUGCUCCGGCACCAACUGCACGCUUCACUUCGCUUUUGACGGACCGGCCCACAACACUUUGACCCUAUGGCCCCGCUCGGGGUCCAUCGUAGCGUGGUCGUUCGACGCGCCCACCGACCCGUCCUUCGUGCAGAACGACCGCCCCGCCUACACGAUCGUGCAGGCCUCGGCCACCUACAGCGAUCUAUUCGACACGCAGUAUUUCUGGAUCACGUUGGAGGUGCCGGUGGCGCAGCAGUCGCAGGCGCUGCUGGACAUAGCGCAGCACGCGCACAAGAAGCAGCACCCCGAGCUGUUCACGCGCGAGUAUCAACAGCUGCUCGACGCCAUGCCAGACUACUUCAACAUCGACAGUUCGCUCUCCAUACGGAAUAACUACGCCUUCUAGAUAUAUACCACCGGC